CAAUGAACGAAUGAUUGACAAAUCCCGGUAUUUUUUUCUCGUCUUUUAUCAACAUAGAUAGCUAGAUAGCAGAUACUAGGAAAAAGAGAGAUAGAAUUUCGUAAAUAAAUACAUAUUUUUGCUUUUUUUCCAUAAAUUUUAAGCUUAAGCUUUAUUAGCAAUUUUUAUAGUGACUUCGGAUGCUUUAUCUUUAAAAGAAUUGAAUUUUGCCAGAAUAGUUAUUUUGCGUCAUCUUACUUCUUUUUGUGUGAAUUCAAGUAACCAUUUGGCAAGCAAAAUGUCGUCUUUCACUAGCGUGGCUCGCAUGUAUGCGAAUGUCAACCAGACUAUGCCCCGGGACUACUGGGAUUAUGAUAAUUUACAAGUUCAAUGGGGUGUACAAGAUAAUUACGAAAUAGUACGUAAAAUCGGUCGUGGGAAGUAUUCCGAAGUGUUUGAGGGAGUCAACAUUAUGAAUAAUGAAAAAUGUGUGAUUAAAGUCCUUAAACCUGUAAAGAAGAAAAAGAUCAAAAGAGAAAUUAAGAUUUUACAGAAUUUGGCUGGUGGUCCAAACAUUAUUUCGCUUUUGGAUGUCGUAAGAGAUCCUCAGUCUAAAACGCCAUCACUUAUUUUCGAAUAUGUAAAUAACACCGACUUCAAAGUGUUAUAUCCCAAGUUCACUGAUUACGAUGUUCGUUAUUAUAUCUAUGAACUUCUUAAGGCAUUAGACUAUUGUCACUCAAAAGGUAUCAUGCACAGAGAUGUAAAGCCGCAUAACGUCAUGAUCGAUCACGAGAAGCGCAAGCUGAGAUUGAUAGAUUGGGGUUUGGCAGAAUUUUAUCACCCAGGAACUGAGUAUAAUGUGCGUGUAGCUUCUAGAUAUUUCAAAGGUCCAGAAUUGUUAGUUGAUUUCCAAGAGUAUGAUUAUUCUCUUGACAUGUGGAGUUUGGGAUGUAUGUUUGCCAGUAUGAUCUUCCGUAAAGAACCUUUUUUCCAUGGUCAUGACAACUAUGAUCAAUUGGUGAAAAUUGCUAAAGUUCUUGGUACUGAUGAACUCUUUGCAUAUCUUGAUAAAUAUGAUAUAGAGUUGGAUGCCCAAUAUGAUGAUAUUUUAGGAAGAUAUCCACGGAAACCAUGGAAUAAAUUUGUCACAAAUGAAAAUCAAAAAUUUGUUACCAAAGAAGCUAUCGACUUUCUCGAUAAAUUGUUGCGAUAUGAUCAUCAGGAACGAUUAACACCUCAAGAAGCGAUGGAGCAUCCUUAUUUUGACCCAGUAAGACAACAUCGAGAUGGCAAUGGAAAUCGAGCAUAAAAAGCGACAAUUUAUUGGUUUCAAAGACAGUUUAUUUUAAUUCACCAGGUUGAUUUCGGCAGCCCAGUAAUCAAUAAUAAUAUAGGGAAUGACCAAGAAUUGGAUGUUUGGACGAGAGAAGGAGGGAACAUGCUAUUUAAAAAAUUUCAUUUUCACGUGAUUUAUAUAUAUUUUUUGAAAAAAAAUUUAUUACAUCUUUUUUAUCUCCCAAUAUUUCAAACAAAAUUUCUUUGUAUGGAUACAUUAUUAAUCUUAUGAAAAAAAAAAUGACAAUCAUAGGACAAUUUCUCAUUUCUCUUUCAAUAUAAAUUACAGAUUAAUUUUGUAUUUUUU